AUGCCCAGCGAAACAAAAAUCGAUGAUCCACAACGUGAACGUCUUGUCUAUUCAUAUACAUAUACAUCUGAUGGUGAUAAUAAUGAAAGUCCUCAAACAAAUACAGUUAAAGUAAUAACAACAGUUGAAGAAGAAACAACACCUGAUGGUACAAAAGUUGUACGUAAAAAAGAAGAAUCUCAACAAGUAUCAAAAGUAACUAAAGUUGAAAAAAUUACACGUGUUCAUCGUCAUCUUAUUGAUCCAUUAACUGGUGAAAUUAUUCGACAAGAUAAUCCAAAAUAUCAAAUUAUAAUUGAUCAAUAUAAUCAAUCAAAAAUAAAACAUGAUACAAGUGGUGGAUUUUUACCUAAUUCAUUCUAUUCUCAAUAUGAUAAUGAAACAAAAAUAAUAACAAAUGGAUUAAAAUCUUUUGAUAUUAAUGAUAAUAAUCAAGAUGUUUAUUCAAAUCGACAAAUGCUUGUUCAACAAAAUUUAAAUGGAAAUGCUUAUAAUGAACCAGAAAAUAAUAAAAUUAAUACUGAUGAAAAAAGUAUGGGUUAUGAUCCUGAUGAUCCAAAUUUAGUUGAUGAACCAGAUCUUGAUGUAGAAAAUCCAUAUGAAGGUUUAGGACCUGGCCGACCCGAUCCAGUUAGUCGUGUUCUUAUGCCAACAGCUGGACGACAAUCACCGGAUAGUAUUGGACAAGCUCCUCCUGGUUAUGGUGAAGAAUAUGGAACAUUUAAUCGUAUGUAUGCACCAUAUGGUUUAAAUGAAGAUGAUUAUUCAUCUAGAAGACGAUCAUCUUCAAUUGAUACAGAAUUUCGAGAACAACGUUGGCGUGAUCCUGAUUUAGAAGAAGUUAUUGAAUAUCUUACUCAUACGAGUGAUGUUAUUAAAGAGAAUGCUGCUGCUUAUUUACAACAUUUAUGUUACAAUGAUGAUAAUAUUAAAUCAAAAACACGAUCAUUAAAUGGUAUAACUUAUUUAGUUGCUUUAUUAAAUCAUGAUAAAGUUGAAAUACAAAAAAAUGCAUGUGGUGCUUUAAGAAAUUUAUGUUAUGGAAAACGAAAUGAUGAAAAUAAAAUUGAAUUAAAAAAUCGUGAUGGUAUUCCAGCUUUAAUUCAUCUUUUACGUCGUACACAAUAUGAAGAUAUUCGUGAAUCUGUUACAGCUGUUCUUUGGAAUGCAUCAUCAUCGCCACAUUUAAAAGGACAAAUACUUGAUGAAGGUUUAAAUGUACUUGUUAAAAAUAUAAUUAUUCCAUUUUCGGGUUGGGAUGCUGAUAUAAAUAGACGUUUAAAUCCACAAGGAAAAUUUCCACCAGUAUUUAAAAAUACAACUGGAAUAUUACGUAAUUGUUCAUCAGCUGAUUAUGAAGGUCGUCGUAAAAUGCGUGAAUGUGAAGGUUUUAUACCUUCACUUCUUCAUGCUGUUAAUUCAAGUCUUCAAUCAUUAAAUGAAAUUGAUAAUAAAUCAAUUGAAAAUUGUAUGUGUAUAUUACGUAAUUUAUCAUAUAAAUUACAAGAAGUUAUUGAUCGUGAUUAUGAUCGAAAUUAUCCAAUAACAACAAAUACAAAUUCAACAUGGAAUAUGUUACCAAUACAAUCAAAUGAAAAAAAUAAAAUAAGUUGUAUGAAUUCAAAACAAAAAAAAACUAAACAAUUAACUGAACAAAUAGGAAAUAAUAUUCAUGCUGUUAUGCCACCACGUCAAGGUCGACCUGUUGAAAUGCUUUGGCAAGCAGAUGUUAUUGGUACAUAUGUACAUCUUUUACGUCAUAGUAGUAAUCCUGAUACACUUGAAGCAACAGCUGGAUGUAUUCAAAAUUUAACUGCUUGUUAUUGGAAACCAUCGAUAGAUUUACGUGGUGAAGUACGAAAAGCUCGUGGUCUUGCUGAAUUAGUUGAUUUAUUACGUGUUGAUGAAUGUGAUUCUGUUGUAAAUGCAUCAGCUAUUGCAUUACGUAAUUUAGCAAUUGAUCAAAAAAAUAGUGAUGUUCUUGGUGGAUGGGCUAUUAAAGAACUUGUUGCUAUUUUACCUGAACCAACAGAACAAACAAUAAAUCGACGUCGUCAUUCUGAUGAAACAAUUGCAUCUGUACUUGCUGCACUUAAUGAAAUUAUACGAAAUAAUGAUAUGAAUGCUAAAAUAUUAUUUCAAGAACGUGGUUUUAUUAAAAUGAAAGGUAUUAUGAAUGCUAAAAAUAAUACAUAUAAUUCGAAAGUUAUUAAAUAUACUGCACAUGUACUUAAUACAAUGUAUAAACAUAAAACAUUACAUGAAUUUUAUAAACAAAAUGGUUAUAAAGAAAAUGAUUUUCUUAAUCAUCGUUUAUUAAAUUCAAAAUCAUUAACAUCAAGUCCUCAAUCAACAUUACAUAGACCAAGAGGUGAUAUGGGACAACCAACACAUUUUACAAAUAAAGGAAAACAAAUUACUCGUCCACAAAGAAGUGAAGAAUAUCGAAUGCAAAAAAUGAAUCAAAGUGUGGAUAAUCUAUCACGAACAUAUGCAAAUGGAACCAUGUCAUCUCAUUUCGAUCCACAUGCAGAUUUAUACGCAACUGUUCAUAAAAAUCGACCACAACAAGUUCAACCAGCAACAUGGAAUCAACUUGAACAAGCUACAGCGUCACCUGAUUCGUGGGUUUAA